AAUGAUGAAGGCACUCCUGAGCACAUGCCUCCUCUUGGCCCUGCUUUCUCCAGGCUCUGUCCACGUCUUGGGUCCCUUUUCUGCUCCGACUGGGCCAGCAGGACGACUGGAACACCUUCAUGUUAAAGCAGGAUACCAUCGACCCAAAUUUUCACAUUCAUUACCUCUGCAAUGCAGAUUCACUUUUAACAAGACUGGACUGACAUAUGAAGGCAAUGUAGAAACAACUUGUAACUUUGAAGAAGAUGCCUGUGCUGCCAAUGUUCUGCGUACAAAUAUAAAUCAAUUCCAAGCACAUCUUGCGAAUAGAUGCGCUAUAUCCAGAUCUUGUCACUCAGGCCAUUACAGCUUCACUGCAGCAGAUGGUAAAUUCUUUGAGCUGAAGAAGCAGUGCUGCAACACUAAACUGUGUAACAAUGAAGUUCUCAGCCUUCCUGAUCGCAACUUGCGGGCUGAAAAUGGUCUGCAGUGCCCAGCCUGCUUCUCAAAAGGAAAGAAAAUGUGUAAAAGUGAGAAGACCCUCAACUGCCUUGAAAAUGAGACCCAGUGUCUUCAGUAUAAAGGAGCUAUUCUUACCGGUGUCUUUGAGCCAUUUUAUUUCACUUUCCAAGGUUGUGGAACAGAUUUUUGCAGCAACAGGAGAAAUGGAAUAUAUUUAGUCGGAGCUGGGAAUGUGUCCCUUGUUCUUGGCCCAGAAAUUAUAUGUUAUAAUGCUUCACCAAUCUCACACCAGCCAGAACAUGAAGAGUGAAUAGGACAGUGUAGACCUCCUCCUUGUGAAUUCCAAAAUCCGUGGCAAUGAGGUUGAACUGGAGGCCUAGUGGUGAAAUUCAGGACUCAAGAUCUCUGUUUCU